AUGAAGCAUACUUUUGUCUCUUCUCCUGCCUCCGGUCAACAGACAGUUACGUCUAUAACCGAAAACCCUCUUCAGGAUGUGUCUCUUUCGAAAAAGGCGGUUGAGUUCAACCAAAAUUCUCGACCUUCACGAGCUAAGCAACUUUUUAACUCAUUGAGGAAUUUCACAUCAGCCAGUGUUACCCCAACAACUUCCCCUAACCGAGCGACAGCAAAUGGGAUGACUUGUCGAAUACCUCGAGCGUGUUGUCGAUAUAGCAGUCCACAAAAGCAACCAGAUUUUAGUAAAUCUCCACAAAUUCGACUCAGUAAAAUUGCAACUAAUGCUGCUACUGUGCCCUUAUUGAAUGAUGGGAAUGUUCAGAUAGUGAGAAGACGAACUGAAUCAGAUGGAUCAUCUGGAAAUAUUGCUCGAUAUGUUUUGGAUAUACGUAACCAGGCAAACUGCGACCAACUUAGUACUACCUCAGGUGCUUCUAGUAUUGCUGAUUCGUUUCAAUCUCCGGAGUUACAAAGAAACCAAACAUCGAAUAAAAUGUCCUCAAUUCCAAAAUCCCUAACAGAAAACAAGCGAAAUACAUCUCUAGUAAAUGGAACAACGUCUUCCCGUAUUCCAAUGGGCCCUGGGAGUAGUGGGACAAUGUCCACAACAGUUGCCGCAGCAACAGCAGCAAGUCAAGGACGAAAGACGCGAAUGGCGGCUGUGGCGCCUGUUUCCGCGGCUCCACCUCAAAAGACCCACAUAACAGGACGUCUGAAUGUCACUUCUCCACCCGCUCAACGAAUAUCUGACUCACUACAGCCACAACAGCAGGCCCAGCCAACGCAGUAUGCUAGUGUACGACGUGCGGAAUUAGCUAAAGUAAUAGGACAAGCAGCUACGGCGUCUAAUGCUGCGGCCCAAGGCCACCAAGGAAACUCCACCUACACUCUUAUUGCAUACCAACCAACCCAAUCAGAUCACCACAGAAACAGUACAAACCAACCGGCGGUCCUCUAUGCGAUUCCUUCCAAUCAUGCAUAUCUUCAGCCUCAUCAGAUUCAACAACUCAUCCAACAGCAGCAACAACAACAACAGCAUUCCACACAGACUGCCUCUGGCGUCGUUGCUCAUACCGCAGUGUUAGUAUCAACUGCGCGUUCUGGUGUCCCACCACACACCCAUGUCCAUGGUACAGGCGGCUCUGAAGCCAUUCACCAGCAGCAAGGACAACAGCAGUCACAACGAAUACCGAUUGCAACUACGACAUCGAUUUCUCAAGGUGGUUUAGCCGGGCAUCGACCUGAAGAACUUGUUUGCACGUGUCCGCCCGAACUUCACCAAGCUCUCAUCGAACAACAGCAACAGCGCCAAAACCAACAACAGCAGCUUAGUUCACAGAACAUUGUUCCAAUCAACCGUGAUCAUUCCACCGUGGUCCAGUUACCAGAUGUUUCACAUGCAACUCAUCGAACUGACCACAAACUCGGUACGUCAGAUGUCAGUCAGUCGCAAUUAGGAGAUCAGCGUUGUUCUCAAAGGGGAACUUCAUCCACUCAAGAAAAUGAUACUGAGUCCCAUGUGAAUUAUCUUGUUACUCUCUUCCAGGUGCUGAAAUCGUCCGGUGUGCGUGAAGAGUCCUUCCUCAAUGCCUUUCGACUCAUGGGACUCAACUCCCAGAUUUCAGGAACCCAAAAAGCCAUCGCUGUGCAAUUCAAGAAUGAACUUCAGAAUGUUCGAGUUGCUCUAUCAGAUUUGAAGCAUGAGUACAUACAGAUGAAGGCCAAAUUCGACAAGGAAAUCCAAGUUUGCGAGAAACAGAUAGCUAUGCAGCUAAAGAAGUAUGAGCGUCGAAAGGGUCUUCAGCAAGCCCACCCCUUCUACGACACAAGAAUACAUAGGGUACGCUCAGACAGACAAAUUCUAGACAAGGCCCUGGCAGCGUACCAAACCACCUGGUCUUCUCUUAUUGGUCAACUAGUUGAUCUUGAAGGGGUAAUUGAGGAGACGGGUAAUGAUGUGCUCAAGGGGCGAUGUCGAAUUACUCUCCAGAUGGUCAGUGCCCUUGAGGACCGUUUGCAAUUGGCUACGUCAGCAAUUGAAUUUUGUUGUGAAAACGAUCCACUUUUGAGAAAAUCGAUUUGGCAACAUGCGGAGAACGAAAUGGACUCUGCCGAGCAAGAAAUAAGAAUUCUGGAGGAACAAUUAGAGCAAUUAGCUGAUCUUCGUGAACGCAGCGCAAGAUUAAAUGGAACGAUUCUGACUUUGAAACGGUUGGCCAAGGUGAAUGCGAAUUCGCGUCAAAAUGACCAACAUCUUCAGCGUCUUCGUUUAAUUAAUGGAAUCUUGAAUCCAAUGGCAGCAGAUAGUGGAAGUGCUGAAAGGAAGAGACUAAUGGCUACUAUCCGACUUCUACAACCUGAUCACGAUGAACGAAUGCGUAGCAUAGAGAUUCAAGAAGCUCUGCGUGAGAGAAGGAAACGUGUCUUCCGUGAUCCACCCGUAUUUAAAGGUCUAGCCAAAGCCCUUCUUCUCAAUGGUAUCCACAUUGCACCAAUAUGGCCAGAGGGAUUUUCUCGUAGAGCACAUCGUAAUACAACUCCCACCCUUGAACCUCCCGAUAUCUCUGCGUUGGCAGAAGAACCGCCGGAAAUUCCCAACACAACAGCGAAUUUACCUCAACCCUUGCGUCUCCCGGUGUCGAAUGUCCUUGUCAGUAGACUCAAAGAUCCCAAUGCUCCAAAGGUGAAGCGAAGUGCACGAGUUAAGUUCAAUAGCCAGGUGUAUGUGGAAGGUGAGGAUCGACCCCUCCCACUUAAUUGUAUUUUGGAGGAGGAUGUUAAUGGAUAUAAUAAAAAAAAAUCCGCUCCAGCCUUACCCAGUCCUGAAGAAACUGUCCCGCCUCCUCCUCCACCUCGACUAACAAGCCAAUCAAAUUUAAAUUUCUCCUCUUUCAACUCGAAUGAUUUCAAAAAUAGUCCGGUUAAAAUGUUGCGAUAUGAAAAUAUGGACAUGUUCUUAAAGAACUGUCAACAAAUGUCCUCACGAGAGAAGAAUGUCAGUCCAACUGCUCAAAAUUGA